AUGUCCGGACUUCUACUGGAAACAGUAAAAGAUGCUAAGUUGUACGAUGUCUUCAGCGACCCUGCAGCUGGAGCGCAGCGUAGCUACACCUGGUCACAGCCAGACAGAGAGGCAGGCCCAGGCCCACAACAAAGCUCAGGCCUUGAGAGGCCCAGGCCCAGAGAGGCCCAGGUCCAGAGAAGCCCAGGUCCAGAGAAGCCCAGGUCCAGAGAAGCCGAGGCCCAGAGAAGCCCAGGCCCAGAGAAGCCCAGGUCCAGAGAAGCCGAGGCCCAGAGAAGCCCAGGUCCAGAGAAGCCCAGGCCCAGAGAAGCCCAGGCCCAGAGAAGCCCAGGCCCAGAGGCUACAGGCCCAGAGAAGCCCAGGCCCAGAGGCUACAGGCCCAGUGAAGCCCAGGCCCAGAGGCCCAGGCCCAGAGAAGCCCAGGCCCAGAGAAGCCCAGGCCCAGAGGCUGCAGGCCCAGAGAAGCCCAGGCCCAGAGGCUACAGGCCCAGAGAAGCCCAGGCCCAGAGGCUACAGGCCAGAGAAGCCCAGGCCCAGAGGCUACAGGCCAGAGAAGCCCAGGCCCAGAGGCUGCAGGCCCAGAGAAGCCCAGGCCCAGAGAAGCCCAGGCCCAGAGGCUGCAGGCCCAGAGAAGCCCAGGCCCAGAGGCUACAGGCCCAGAGAAGCCCAGGCCCAGAGGCUACAGGCCAGAGAAGCCCAGGCCCAGAGAAGCCCAGGCCCAGAGAAGCCCAGGCCCAGAGGCUACAGGCCCAGAGAAGCCCAGGCCCAGAGGCUACAGGCCCAGAGAAGCCCAGGCCCAGAGGCUACAGGCCCAGAGAAGCCCAGGCCCAGAGGCUACAGGCCCAGGGAAGCCCAGGCCCAGAGGCUACAGGCCCAGAGAAGCCCAGGCCCAGAGGCUACAGGCCCAGGGAAGCCCAGGCCCAGGCCCAGAGGCUGCAGGCCCAGAGAAUCCCAGGCCCAGAGAAGCCCAGGCCCAGAGAAGCCCAGGCCCAGGCCCAGAGAAGCCCAGGCCCAGAGAAGCCCAGGCCCAGGCCCAGAGAAGCCCAGGCCCAGAGAAGCCCAGGCCCAGAGAAGCCCAGGCCCAGAGGCUGCAGGCACAGAGAAUCCCAGGCCCAGAGAAGCCCAGGCCCAGAGAAUCCCAGGCCCAGAGGCUGCAGGCCCAGAGAAUCCCAGGCCCAGAGGCUGCAGGCCCAGAGGCUGCAGGCCCAGAGAAUCCCAGGCCCAGAGAAUCCCAGGCCCAGAGGCUGCAGGCCCAGAGAAUCCCAGGCCCAGAGAAGCCGAGGCCCAGAGAAGCCGAGGCCCAGAGGCUGCAGGCCCAGAGAAUCCCAGGCCCAGAGAAUCCCAGGCCCAGAGAAGCCGAGGCCCAGAGGCUGCAGGCCCAGAGGCUGCAGGCCCAGAGAAUCCCAGGCCCAGAGAAUCCCAGGCCCAGAGGCUGCAGGCCCAGAGAAUCCCAGGCCCAGAGAAUCCCAGGCCCAGAGAAGCCCAGGCCCAGGCCCAGAGAAGCCCAGGCCCAGAGAAUCCCAGGCCCAGAGAAGCCCAGGCCCAGGCCCAGAGAAUCCCAGGCCCAGAGAAGCCCAGGCCCAGAGAAUCCCAGGCCCAGAGAAUCCCAGGCCCAGAGAAUCCCAGGCCCAGAGAAUCCCAGGCCCAGAGAAUCCCAGGCCCAGAGAAUCCCAGGCCCAGAGAAUCCCAGGCCCAGAGAAUCCCAGGCCCAGAGAAUCCCAGGCCCAGAGAAGCCCAGGCCCAGAGGCUGCAGGCCCAGAGAAGCCCAGGCCCAGAGAAUCCCAGGCCCAGAGAAUCCCAGGCCCAGAGAAGCCCAGGCCCAGAGAAUCCCAGGCCCAGAGAAUCCCAGGCCCAGAGAAUCCCAGGCCCAGAGAAGCCCAGGCCCAGAGAAUCCCAGGCCCAGAGAAUCCCAGGCCCAGAGAAUCCCAGGCCCAGAGAAGCCCAGGCCCAGAGAAGCCCAGGCCCAGAGAAUCCCAGGCCCAGAGAAGCCCAGGCCCAGAGAAGCCCAGGCCCAGAGAAUCCCAGGCCCAGAGAAUCCCAGGCCCAGAGAAGCCCAGGCCCAGAGAAGCCCAGGCCCAGAGAAUCCCAGGCCCAGAGAAUCCCAGGCCCAGAGAAGCCCAGGCCCAGAGAAGCCCAGGCCCAGAGAAUCCCAGGCCCAGAGAAGCCCAGGCCCAGAGAAGCCCAGGCCCAGAGAAGCCCAGGCCCAGAGAAUCCCAGGCCCAGAGAAGCCCAGGCCCAGAGAAGCCCAGGCCCAGAGAAGCCCAGGCCCAGAGAAUCCCAGGCCCAGAGAAGCCCAGGCCCAGAGAAGCCCAGGCCCAGAGAAUCCCAGGCCCAGAGAAGCCCAGGCCCAGAGAAUCCCAGGCCCAGAGAAGCCCAGGCCCAGAGAAUCCCAGGCCCAGAGAAGCCCAGGCCCAGAGAAUCCCAGGCCCAGAGAAGCCCAGGCCCAUUGUUAGACAGGUUCUGAGCCCCAGAUCCAAUACUUGCCGCUAA